UCCGGGGAGGCGGCAGCCGAGCCUCGUCUCCCUGCCCCGCUCUCCCCUCUGCCCUCGGCGCCCUCUCUCGGCGCGGCCCUCCCUCCGUUCCUCCCUCCCUCCGCCGCCGGCCGGGGGGCUUCGGCCGCCACCGCUGCCAUGGGGCUGCCCACGCUGGAGUUCAGUGACUCCUACUUGGACAGCCCGGAUUUCAGGGAGCGCCUCAAGUGUCACGAGAUCGAGCUGGAGAGGACGAACAAGUUCAUCAAGGAGCUGAUUAAGGACGGAAGCCUCCUCAUCGGGGCGCUGCGAAAUUUAUCCAUGGCAGUACAAAAAUUUUCACAGUCUCUACAAGAUUUUCAGUUUGAGUGUAUUGGAGAUGCUGAAACUGAUGAUGAAAUUAAUAUUGCCCAGUCAUUGAAGGAGUUUGCUCGGCUCCUGAUUGCUGUUGAAGAGGAGAGAAGACGACUGAUCCAGAAUGCUAAUGAUGUGCUAAUAGCACCGCUGGAGAAGUUUAGAAAAGAGCAAAUAGGAGCAGCAAAAGAUGGGAAGAAGAAGUUUGACAAGGAAAGUGAGAAAUACUAUUCCAUCUUAGAGAAGCACUUAAAUUUGUCAGCCAAGAAAAAAGAAUCUCAUUUGCAAGAUGCAGAUACACAGAUUGACAGAGAACAUCAGAACUUUUAUGAAGCAUCAUUAGAAUAUGUUUUUAAAAUCCAAGAAGUACAAGAGAAAAAGAAAUUUGAAUUUGUAGAACCUCUCUUGGCCUUUCUUCAAGGAUUAUUUACAUUUUACCAUGAAGGAUAUGAACUGGCUCAGGAGUUUGCACCAUACAAGCAGCAACUGCAGUUCAAUUUGCAGAAUACUCGGAAUAACUUUGAAAGCACUAGGCAGGAAGUGGAGAGACUCAUGCAAAGAAUGAAAUCAGCCAACCAAGAUUACAGACCACCAAGUCAGUGGACAAUGGAAGGCUAUCUCUAUGUGCAGGAGAAACGACCCCUUGGAUUUACAUGGGUAAAACAUUACUGCACUUACGACAAAGGAACAAAAACUUUUACAAUGAGUAUAGCUGAAACAAAGUCUGGUGGAAAAGUGAAUGGCCUUGUCACAAGCUCACCAGAAAUGUUCAAGCUAAAAUCUUGCAUCAGGAGAAAGACAGAUUCAAUUGAUAAACGUUUCUGCUUCGAUAUUGAAGUAUUUGAGAGACCUGGAAUCAUCACACUACAAGCUUUUUCAGAAUCCAACCGAAAACUUUGGCUUGAAGCUAUGGAUGGAAAGGAACCAAUCUACACCCUGCCAGCCAUUAUUAGCAAGAAAGAAGAAAUGUUCUUAAAUGAAGCAGGUUUCAACUUCGUGAAGAAAUGUAUUCAUGCUGUAGAAACAAGAGGUAUUACAAUCCUGGGGCUGUAUAGAAUAGGUGGUGUAAAUUCCAAGGUGCAAAAGCUGAUGAAUACCAUAUUUUCCCCUAAAUCGCCUCCUGAUAUGGAUAUUGAUAUGGAAAUUUGGGACAAUAAAACAAUAACAAGUGGACUAAAAAACUACCUCAGGUGUCUUUCAGAACCACUGAUGACUUUCAAGCUGCACAAAGAUUUCAUUGUUGCUGUUAAGUCAGAUGAUCAGAACUACAGAGUUGAGGCAGUGCAUGCACUUGUGCAUAAAUUACCAGAGAAGAACAGAGAGAUGCUGGACAUCCUUAUUAAGCACUUGGUCAAGGUAUCAUUGCAUAGUCAACAAAAUCUAAUGACUGUAUCCAACCUUGGUGUUAUCUUUGGACCAACUCUGAUGAGAGCUCAAGAAGAAACUGUGGCUGCUAUGAUGAACAUUAAGUUUCAGAAUAUCGUCGUUGAAAUUCUGAUAGAGCAUUAUGAAAAGAUAUUUCACACUGCACCAGACCCCAAUAUCCCUCUUCCCCAGCCUCAGUCCCGAUCGAGUUCAAGAAGAACAAGAGCAAUUUGUCUCUCCACAGGUUCGCGUAAACCCAAAGGAAGAUACACACCAUGUCUAGCAGAUCCUGACAGUGACUCGUACAGCAGUAGCCCCGACAGCACUCCCAUGGGCAGCAUCGAAUCUCUGUCUUCUCACUCCUCUGAGCAGAACAGCACCACCAAGUGCACACCCUCACAGCCAAGGGAGAAAUCAGGAGGGAUUCCUUGGAUUGCCUCUCCCGCUUCUUCUAAUGGCCAGAAAAGCUCAGGCCUGUGGACUACAAGUCCAGAAUCUUCAUCAAAGGAGGAUGCAACCAAAACAGACGUGGAAUCAGACUGUCAAAGCAUAGCUUCCGUCACUGGACCAGAAAAUGCCUCUCCACCAACAGACCUGACCAAAAAGAGUUCCUACAGUCUGUCAGGGCUGAAAAGGUCUUCAGCAUCUUCCCUUAGAUCAAUUCCAUCAGCUGAAGGUAACAAAAGCUGCAGUGGAUCUAUACAGAGCUUAUCUUCAGCAGAUGCCAAAGAUACAUUAAAGGCUCCACCAAACCCUGAUUUGCCUCCCAAAAUGUGCAGGAGAUUAAGAUUAGAUACUGCAUCAAGUAAUGGCUAUCAAAGACCAGGAUCUGUAGUGGCUGCAAGAGCGCAGUUGUUCGAAAGUGCUGGUUCACUUAAACAAGUUUCUUCAGGACGACAAGCAAAAGCCAUGUAUUCCUGUAAGGCUGAGCAUAGUCAUGAGCUGUCUUUCCCACAGGGGGCAAUAUUUUCCAAUGUGUAUCCAUCAGUGGAACCAGGCUGGUUAAAGGCAACUUAUGAAGGCAAAACAGGACUAGUUCCUGAGAAUUACGUUGUCUUCCUCUAGUAAUCUUUAGUGGACAGCAAUAUCUUCAUGGUAUCCAUGGUAACAAAUAAUAAGCACUAUGAUUUUUAUCUGACACAGAUAUGGGAUCAGUCCCUUAACUGAGUGGUAGAUUUCCUUCAGAUGCUGCAGCUGCAGGUUACAGAGCUCCCUACCAGUGGAACAGAAUGUGAUGAAACAGUUAACAGUUUCUGUGCUGAGGACGGUACUCUGUUUAAAUAACUUCCAUUGUUUGCAAAAGGUUGUUCUGUUCUUUUAUGGGUAAGGAACUCUAGAGCAAUAAAAUAAAUAAAAAAAAAAAAAAAUUCCUAUUUAGCUGCAGACUUUCAGGUCCGAGGAUGUUGCUCACAGAAAUGUGAAAUUUAGAGGCAAUGCACUCUAUGACAUUUCUUGUAAUCUGUGGUUUUUAAUAUGGAAAAUCGUGGACUUUUUCAUAAUGUAAGUACUGCUUCUAUUGUGAUCCGAAUUCUCCCUUAGAAAACUUGAUUCUAAAAUUGAUCCUAAUCAUUUCAAAUAAGAAAUGACUUUACUGUAAAUCAGAAGUUGGAACUUCUGUUAGUCAUUAAGUUACAAUAUGGUAUAGAAUUUAUGCAACUGAUAAUAUCAGUUUAUACACUGCCUGUGCAGUGAGUGCUCAUUCAGAAUGUGAUAUGUUUAAUGAAUGUUUCAUUCAAAUACUUACUAGAUUUCUUUCCUACUUUCUGUAUCAGCAUAGAUAAUGUUAACAACUUCUAUUUCAAUGAUAACCGUCAUCUGGAAGAUACUCUCUCUGUCAGAUGUCCCAGAACAUCUGUAGAAAACAAGGAGAUGAUGAAUCUGGACUGAUUGGUAGCCAUGUGAAGUGAGCAGUAAAACACAGCAGUAUGUUUUGAAACCUGAGAUAAAUUGUAACUCAUUCUUUUUCCAUUGCAAGACAAAUGACCUGUGAACUAGCCAAUUUUAUAAGCUAUGAAUACUAAAAGCUCCAUGUAGCAAUAAAAGUACUUAGUGUUUUUUCUCCUGCUAUAAUAUUUGACAAAGAGUCUCCUUCCACAGAAUAAAAAAUCCUUACUUUUCAAAGGUGUGGUAAAGACAUUUUGAUUGCUCCUGGUAGGACUGAAGUGAAAAAAUAAAAUAAAAACAAAAAUAAAACCAAGACAAAGAAAACCCCAGAAAUCAUAAGUAACUUUCUCUAUCAGCAGUUUUCUUGCACACUUUGAGGGAAAACAUGCACUGCUUGCUUGGCUACUUACCAUUCCUGAUUGAAAAAUGAGACAUUUAACCUCCAUCUCAGAAUUUCUUCAACAUCCUUCCAAAAGAAUUCAAUAUUUCAUAGAACGAUCUAGGCUUAGUUUCACAGAUCUGUCAAGGCUCAAUUCUUUCUUCAGUAGCAGAGAUCAAUCUGAUUUCUAAGUUGUACACUACUUCAAGAAAGUUUAAGGAGGAACUGCUGUUAGGGCUAAAAACAUCAGUAAUUUUUUACCUGCUGCUUUUUUUCUUUCCAUAGCCUUUUCCUUGUUUAAAUUGAAAAGUAAGACUCAUUGCCAAACCAAGCAUAUCAGAACAUUCUUUACUUGUAUGUAGUGCAUGAAUUCUUCAGAGCAAUUCCUGGAUUUCCGGCUAGUGGUAGAAUCCUGCAGGAUCUUUCUCCUCAUGAAUUCAAAUAUUGAGUGAGGAUCAGAGAAAGAGAGAAGCUCAGAGAAGAACAUUGUUCCAAAAAUGGUCUUUUCAUAAGGGGAGUCUGAUCGAGACUGGCUGCAGACAGCUGAGGACAGACCCCAUGCAUUAGUGACUGGGUUCUUUCUUCACCCUAAACAGUUUCAUUAAUCUCAAAACAUGUUUCACUUCAUCUUAAAUCCAGACUGUGCCCAGUGCACUGUGAUGAAGGGUUGUUCCAGAUGGCACUGGCAGUGAAAGCAGACAUGUCUGUGCUCAUCUAAUUUGCCCAGAGCAGAUGUGAAAGGAAGUGGACGUCUUUCCUCAGCCAGUUGAAUCUUUCUUCAUUCUAAGGCAAGCCAAAUUUUCUUAGUCUAAGCUAUGCCUGAGACUGCUAUUGCCCUGAGAAGACCAACAUGGUUUUGGUUGUGCUUUUGCUGUACUUCACAAUCAAAAAACUAUAGGCUGUCAAGAGGUUUGCCUCCCAGAAAAAGUGCUGCUGCAGGCAAAAAGGAGCAGAAAGGGAAGCAGAACACUGAGCAGAGGCUGGUAACCUAGCUCAUCUCACACAGCCAGAAAAAUGUAGUGAUGAGGGAAAAAAAUCCCAGUUUCUGUCUGUUGCAUGGGGUCAGUAGCAAACCUGUAUUGAAUAUCCUUUGAUUACUCCUUAUACCUCUCAAGGACGAUUUAAUUGUUGUGAAUUCUUGAGGAAUUGUGAAAUAGAAAAUGUAGAAAAUGUUUGCUCUUACUUGCUUUGUUCUAGUCUGAUUUAAAAAUGAGUGGGGGGGAAAAACUCUGAAGCUUAGGUAAUUUCACAUCCCCUGUAUGUGUCUCACAAUUCUCCAGUACUGUGUUUUGAAAGCAGCUGAUCUGAGUGCAAGCUAGAGAAGUCAAAGAUGCCAAGUUCAUUAAAAAUUUUGUAAAACUGCCAAGUUCAGUUACAGAUUAAGCAAGCAGAGCCUGUGAGUGCUGAGGGAAAGGUUGUAGAAAGACCUGGAGGAAUCCCUGUGGAGGAGAGGUGUUUCAUCUGCUCCCACGUAUUCAUCUCACAUUAGAGUGAAAUUAGGAUUGGAGAAGACAACUUCAUAAGAAACUAUUCCGUUCAUGUGCUGCUCACAAAACAAAUCUGUGUUUUCCUCUGUAAUGCUGUGCAGCUUUGUCAGACCCUUCUGAACGAGCCAUAAAUAAUUUUUAAGUAAUUUAGCUUAAAAUGGAAUUUCCAUCUGAGAAAGGUUAUGCCCAUUCUUACUUACAGUGAGCCAGUUGGUCUCCAGGAGUAGGGGUUUUCAUUUUUGGAAUUCUAUGUUUUUUCUUGUACUCUCUGCAGCCCAUAGUAGCACUUUCUGUAUGAUGUCACUGCUGGGUUGUGGGUGCCCCAGCUCUUCCCUGCCUUUCAAGAGGGAGUUGACCUCUACAAGAAGCUGUAGAGUGAAUCAGAAAGUUGAGUAAGUAGGGGUACAAACACUGAAGUGGGGGAGGGGGCAGCAUCAAAGCUUCUCUAAUGAUGAUACUCUCAGGCCUGAUCAAAAAUCCUUUCUGGCAAUAGCAAAGAAUUAGAAAUCCAUAUAACAUUUAAAUGGAGGUAAAAUAUUCUGAUAAUACCUUAGCAAAAAAUUAGGCAAUCUGAAUUAAAGUAGCUGAUAGUAGUGAUUUAUUAUUCUUUAUGGAAAUCAGACUCACUCUACAAGCAAAGGUUUGCAGCAGGUUUGUUCCAAAUAUCACUGUAGAACUCAAGGUAGAUGAUACAUUGUUGUUGUUGUUGUUGUUGUUGUUGUUGUUUGUCUUGUGGAAAUAAUGUCUGUACCCACAGCAUAUAAUUAGCCAUGUUUUUUUCUUUGUUAAACCUUUUGAUACAUGUUGCAGCACAGCAUGAAUCAAAUUAAUAGUGUGAAGGAGUGAUAUAUUGUAUGAUAAAUAUGUAAAGUAUAUUAAUAUUCUAUAUUCACACUUUUUAUUAAUGAUUAUAAAGAUUACAUUUUUUGUGUGUAAUUCCUAUGAAUUCCGUAUUAAAAUGUCCUUGCCAUAUUUUGGCUUUAGAGUUCUAUGUAACAAAACUGUUAAAUUAAACCAUAGUUAUCACUUAUGUCCCUAACUCCCCUAUAAUGUUCAUUGUACAAUUAUUUCUGGAAAAAAAAAGAUGCACAGAUUCGCUGAACAGCGCUAUUCUAUGAUGGUAAUAGUAACUUAUUUUCUUUUUAUAUAUUUUCUGGUGCUAAUCUCUAUUCUUUGCCUGCAAUUGGAUUGAAUUGUAGUGUGCCGUUAGGAAAGACAUUAGGAGGAGAAAAGCUGUAAAAUUGUGCAGUUCAGAAUAGUAAUUACAAGAACAAAAAAAAGUUCUUUGUAGCAGUAAUUGGGUUUUUUGGCUGGAGUUUUUACUGGUUUGUUUUUGUGGUUUUUUUUUGUUAACUUUUCUUCCCUGGCCUAUUUUCUACUUAAUAAGAUUGCAUCAGAAUAAAUAAUGACACUAAAAAACACAUUGUUCUUGAUACUUCUUUUCCUAAGGCAGAAGGUUGUGCAAUUUUGGAUUGAGCAGCAAGAAGAGAAAUCCCAGUUGGGGAGCACAUCCUCCAGACUGGGAUGGAUCUUCUCCACUGAUGGAAACUCUCAAAGCUCUAAGUCAAAGCAGACCUUUGGCAAUUUAUAGUGAGGGUUUGCUGGCCAGAAGCCCCCAGAAAGGAGAUGGAAUAUUCUGCUAAUGGGAUAAUCUAUGAUCUGUUUUGACAUUGUCCUUUCUUUCAGCAGAGAGGCCUGGAUGAAUUGUUCAGUGGCCAGAGAUCAAAGCCAUAGGCAACCUUAGUUUCUCUCUGGCUGGUCACAAAGCCCUGAAGAUGGUGCUGCUGCUGCAGCCUGUCCAGCUCCUGUUCCCACUGAAGUCCACUGUCAGUCAGGCUGUGGCUGGGAGGUCUCUUCUUUUUUUGUUUAAGAUUUUGCAUGGGCUUUGGGAGUUUGCUUUGUUUUGUUUUAUUAAGGUGCUUGGUAUCCAAACAGACACUAAUUCAGUCACUGAAGAUCAUAUCGGUUCUUUAAUUGUCCUGUGUGUGGCAGUGUUUAAUAAGCCAUCGGAUAAUUCUUGUUGUUUUAAGUGUAGAGCACAGUGCUCCAACCCUUGGAUGCCUCAGUUGAAAGCUGGUUUGCAUCUGAGGUUUCUGCAAGUGUUUUAUUGGGACUUGUCAUCAAAGCUCUGGCACUAAAGACAGCACUAUUAUCUCUGCAAGAGUUUCUGUUGGAGCAAAGGGCACAACAGCUGAACAGGGCACAUGGAUAGUUUCAAUUUUCAAUCAUAUUUAUGGCAGUUUUGGAGGUAUUAGAGUUUAUAGGGGUUACUUUAGAUACUAUAUGGUAUUUUAAUAGGAAAAUAUAUACAAUCAAUAACUAUAUCUAUUUAAUAAAUCCCUACUAAAUUAUCUUAUUGAACUCUCUGUUUAUUUUGUAGUGUGGUUUCAAUAAUUAUCUGCACUCUGUAUAUAUCUACAUGUAAAUAACCAGCAUGACAUGCAUAAGUUGACUCUGCAGGCAUAAUUCUAUGUUGUACUUUACACUGUAUUUCAAAAGUUUGAAAAAAUGUCUUUCAAAAUAAAAUUCUUUAUACAUAAA